AUGAAUAAAGGCAAAACAAAGAGAGUGAUAACUGCUAGGGCGUACCCCGGAAGCGACGCUGGAAAUAGAGAUGCGAAUUAUGCGAGUCAAGAAGAUAAUGCUAGGGCGUCCCCCGUAAGCGACGAAAUGGAUGACAAGAACAAGAAUUCGCAUACCCAAAUACAGUCAAACAUUAGGCUGGCCACGUGGAAUCUCGGCACCCUUACCGGACGAAGUCAAGAACUAGCAAAAAUAAUGCAGGCGCGAAAACUUAACAUAUGCUGCCUACAAGAGACAAAAUGGAAUGGUUCAAAAUCACGGGAUUUGGGACUUGGAUAUCAACUGAUAUAUCAUGGCACCACCAACACGAGAAACGGAGUAGCCGUGGUACUGGAUUCGUACCUGAAACAGCGUGUAAUUAGGGUAGACAGAAAAAGUGACCGACUUAUAGCUGUAAAAUUGGCCAUGGACAGACAACCACCCCUGAAUGUCAUAUCAGCGUACGCACCACAAACCGGAUGUACAGAUACCGAAAAGGAUGCGUUCUGGGAAGACUUUGAUGACCUGCUCAACUCGAUCGGUCCAGGAGAAGUAAAGUACAUCGGAGGCGACCUCAACGGCCAUGUGGGAAACCGCAACCCAGCGUAUAGAAUUAUUCAGGGAGAGUCUGGAUAUGGCACACUUAAUAAAGAUGGGCAACAAAUUUUAGAAUUUUGUAUGAGACAUAACCUGGCAAUAAUUAAUACAUUUUUUAAGAAAAACACACAACAUUUGAUUACAUACAAAAGUGGAAAUAAAGCUGAUAGGAACAUGCUUAAAACCUUUAAGGACUGCAAAGUGAUCCCUGGGGAAGCACUUACGUCACAACACAGGAUUUUAGUUAGCAGUAUAAGGCUUCCGAAACCGAUAAAAUUCCUUCCAAACAGAACCCCAAAAAUUAAGUGGCAUUUACUUAACACCGAAAAAGGAGGCAACCUACUGGAUACACUUCGAAAAAAGAUGGUAGAAGAUAUUGAAGACAAAUACAACACUACAGCGGAGGAGAUGUGGUCGCGUUUCGAAGAUCUAUGUGUAAAAGAAGCCAAAACAACACUUGGAGUAUCAAAGGGUCUUCUAAGCACCAACAAAGAUCCCACAUGGUGGAAUGAAGAAGUUAAGGACACUCUGAGGCGUAAAAAAGAGCUCUUCAAACAAUGGCAGAGCACAGGACAAGACACCGACCAUAUUGAAUACAAAAACGCUAAGAAGCUGGCCAAACGCAUAGUAGCACAAAAUAGGGCAGACUCUAGAAAUCGCUUCUACGACAGACUUGAGAAAGCCACUAACGAUAAGGAAGUAUUUAAACUCGCGAAAAAUCGACACGGUGCAAGUCUCGACAUCAAAAUUAACAAAUAUGUCAAAGACGAAAAUGGCAUUCUACUGACCGAAAACGGCAAAAUCAAUCGCCGGUGGUGUCAAUAUUAUCAGCGCCUUCUCAACGAGGAAUUUCCAAACAAGCCCUUAAGUGCCAUACCAACAACUGCUGGACCCCUCGACAGAAUAAGUGUGCAGGAGGUUUUGAAUGCCCUUAUGAAAGUUAAAAACCACAAAGCAGUAGGGCCGGAUAACAUACCGGCGGACGUGUGGAAAUACCUUAGACCUGUUGCAGGAGAAUGGCUUGCUAAACUGUUCAAUUUAAUCCUUGUUUCGAAGAAGAUCCCAGAUUCAUGGCGCCAUAGCAUCCUGGUUCCCUUUUAUAAAAACAAAGGAGACGUCAGUGACUGCAGCAACUACAGAGGCAUCAAACUUACUUCUCACACACUCAAAAUUUGGGAACGCGUUCUCAACAACCGUCUAGGCCAGCUUGUUUCCAUAUCUGAAAACCAAUUUGGAUUUGCGGCAGGGAAAGCUACAACAGAUGCGAUCCAGACCAUAAGAGUUCUCAUGGAAAAACAUCGGCGUAAUAGGGAAGACUUACACCUUGUGUUCAUAGACCUCGAAAAAGCCUUUGACAGGGUACCACGCAAAUUAGUGUGGCAGGCUAUGAGGUCACAGCUAAUACCCGAACACUAUAUAUCCCUAGUACAGGACAUGUAUGAUCGCAUCAGCACGCAAGUUAAAAGCUUAGCCGGACUUAGCGAACCGUUCGGAGUAAAGGUAGGCGUGCAUCAGGGAUCGGCACUUAGCCCAUUCCUGUUUAAUUUGUCUAUGGAUUAUCUCACUAAAGAUAUCCAGUCUUCUCUCCCGUGGACAAUGCUCUACGCAGAUGACAUUGUGCUCAUCGACAAAUGCGCGAACAAACUAAAUGCCACCAUCCAGCAAUGGAAACAAGCGCUUGAGGACAAUGGUCUGCGCAUCAGUCGAUCCAAGACCGAAUACCUAAAAUGCAGCUUCAGUGACCAGCCAAUUCCAAGCACAGACAUCGUCAUUGAAGGACAGCCAGUGCCUAAGGUUGAUCAGUUUAAGUACCUCGGAUCCAUGCUGACGGCAGAUGCCAACAUAGACGCAGACGUCACCCACAGAGUAAACGCAGGAUGGUUGAGAUGGAGGACCCUAACCGGGGUACUCUGUGACAGCCGCAUGCCAGUUCGGCUAAAAGGGCGCGUCUACAAAACCGCAGUACGACCGGCAUUAAUGUAUGGCUCCGAGUGCUGGGCGACCAAGAAGAAACAUGAACAGAAGAUGCACACCAAUGAAAUGAAAAUGCUGAGGUGGGCAGCGGGAGUGACGAGACUGGACAGAGUCCGAAAUGUAUAUGUACGAGGCUCUUUCAAGGUCGCUCCCAUUGCAGAAAAGAUGGCUGAAAGCCGUAUGAGAUGGUUCGGGCAUGUGAUGAGGCGUAACGAAGAGUAUGCUGUCAAAAAAGCCUUGGCCAUCCCAGACAAAACGAACGGCAAAGGGAGGCCGCUUACCACGUGGUGGACAACCGUUACCAAAGACAUGGAGCGGGCGCAGACUAACAUAUCGACAACCCAGGACAGAAAAACCUGGCGCCUUCGAACGAGGAGGGCCGACCCCAAAUAA